GAGGGGCGGGAUGAUUCUGUCAGUUGCCGUAGCAAUGCGCAGGCUCCGUAGAAGAGGACGGCUGCUUCUUAAUGAUCAGAAAACAACACUGAGCCCGGCUUAGACGAGACGACGUGGACCGGAUCAGUGUUUCCAGUUCAGCCAUCCUGACUGGGUGUCUUUUUAUGUAUGUAAUGGGAAUGACUGCGUCUGGUUUGGUUUCAUUGUGAUCAAGAUCUGCUGAUGGUGGUUUCGGUCUGAUCGGUUUGGAAUAGGAGGGGCUCGUUCUACCCAGAAACACAAGGAGUGAUUCUUCUGCAGGAUUGUAACGUCACCGACCUCCACGCGACUGUGUGAUCAAGAGGGCAUCAGGAUGGAGGCCCCUCUGGUGUGCCUGGAUGAGGAGUUUGAGGAUCUGCGCUCCUGUAAGAUGGAGGAGUUUGAUACAGAGCCAUCAUACCGGCCGCACAAAACCAUUCCUCUGGCCCCGCUGUGCCGUGAGGACUUCUCCGAGCUGGAGAACUUCUCUGAGAUGAUGAGCUUCAAGUCCAUGGAGGACCUGGUCAACGAGUUUGACGAGAAGCUGAACGUGUGCUUCCACAACUACAACACCAAGACAGAGGGUCUGGCACCUGUACGCAACCAAUCACAUGCUGAGGAGGACGAGGAACGGCUGCAAGAUGAAGACGUGUGGGAUGCUUUGACUGACAACUACAUGCCCUCCUCUGUAUCCAGCUGGGAUGACCCCAUCUCAGAAACACUGAACGGCAACAUCUCAGAUCAAGAGAUACACGAGAAAGAAGAGGACGAGAUGAACGAGAAGAAUGAAAACGCCAAUUGUCUGAUUGAAGAGCCUAUUAUUACAGCUGAUCAGGUGAUAGAGGAGAUUGUUGAGAUGAUGGAAAAUUCUCCAGAUCCUGGUGAAACAGAGGAAGAGGAGGAAGAUGAUACUGGAAUCUCUUCGUCUAAAAGCAGCCCCUCCCUUCUGGAAGAGAUCCACAUGCUGUCUCAGGCCUCCAACAACAACUGCUCUUAUGAAGGACUGAGGCUGAUGCCGAGCUCAGCGCUGCUCGACAUCCUGUGUCGGAUGGAGACGGCGAUCCGAGAGUACUCGGAGGAGCUGGUGGCCCAGCUGGCCCGGCGUGACGAGCUGGAGUUCGAGAAGGAGGUGAAGAACACGUUCAUCACGGCUCUGAUGGAGGUCCAGAACAGACAGAAGGAGCAGAGGGAAAUGAGCAAGCGCAGACGUAAAGACAAAGCCAUGAGUUUGCAAGGCUCCACUCGCUCUGAGAAGAUCGGGACCAUGCCUGUGAAGCGCUUCAGCAUGGAGGGUCUGUCCAACAUCCUCCAGACAGGGAUCAGACAAACCUUUGGGACCUCAGGAACAGAUAGACAGUAUCUAAACACAGUUAUUCCAUAUGAGAAAAAAGGGACUCCUCCAUCUGUGGAAGACUUGCAAAUGCUCACAAAAAUUCUUUUUGCCAUCAAAGAAGACAGUGACAAGGUCCCAACCCUGCUGACUGACUAUAUAUUGAAAGUCCUAUGUCCUACCUAAAGACUGAGGGUGAUCUGCUGUUGGUGAGACUGUGGAGAGGGCAGGUAUCUUCGUUCCACCUCUGUCUCCCGACCUUCAGUUGUCCAGUCCAACUGCAUGAACUCCCGCACCAAUUAUCAGCGAGGGACCCUAAACAUCUAACCAUCCUUCUCUUGCUUAUCUAAUGACCUUCGACCUUUGCUCAUCUCACUGCCCUUCCAGUAUUCACAUAUCCAUGAGGUUCACAUAUCCGCCCGCCCGGUGCUUUUCAUAUUUUCUACGUAUGUCACUACGGGCCAAAAGCCAUAUGGAAUGUUUAAGGGUAACAGGUAGACUAUAACUGGUUCAAAUCUAUGAUCAGGUACUAUUUUUAUUUUUUUAAAUACCUAACAUCAGGCAAUAUCAUUCGCAUCCGUUCAGUGGGCAGAUGAUGAGAAGGGCAUUAUUUCAUCUGGGUAAUGCGUUGAUUUAAGAGCACAUUUGAAAAUAAUCCACCCAGAUUUUACUGCUUUUUGCUGUUUUAGUAUUGUGGCUUCAUUUCUGCCAAGUUGUUUGAAGAUACAGCAUGUUUUAGUGUUCGACAUUAAUGCCAAGUUAUAGGGAAAAACCUUGUGACUUUCCUCAUUUUAAGUAACCCAUUUUCAUCCCAUGUAUGAAAUAGCCUACACAGUUCUCCAUGAUGUGAUUUAUUUGACUAUGUCAUUCGUUUAAUAAAACCAUUGUUAUUAUUAUUAUCAUUUUUUACAACAUUAACUAUCAUUUACGCCUUGUGCGUACAUCUUUAAUGUAUAUAUUUCUUAUUUGCUAAGGGACAUGGAGGAAUGUGAAGUAUUGCUGAGUUAAAAUUCCAAUAAAUGUCAAACCCUGUGAAGGCCUGA